AUGAGUACUGGAAUGGGAAAGGUAGUGUGCGUAACAGGAGCUUCUGGAUACACUGUUUCAUGGUUGGUGAAGCUUUUACUUGACCGAGGACACCCAAGGAAGGUUGAACACCUGAUGACGGCAAUUAAAGGAGCUCAGGAAAGAUUACAUUUGUUUGAAGCCAACUUAACUGAAGAAGGAUCUUUUGAUUCUGCAAUUGAUGGUUGUGAAGGCGUCUUUCAUACAGCAACUCCCGUUUUCCUUUCAGUAGCUGAUCCCCAGGCAGAACUAAUAGAACCAGCUGUGAAGGGAACCCUUAAUGUUCUGAGAAAUCCUCUAAAACCUGAUGUUGUAGUUGAUGAAACCUGGUUUUCCGAUACAGUAUUCUGUGAGGAAACAAAGCAAUGGUAUGCUAUUUCGAAAACCUUGACAGAGGAAGCUGCGAGGAAAUUCGCGGACGAAAAUAACAUUGACUUGGUAACAUUACAUCCUGGCUUUAUUAUUGGUCCUCUCUUGCAGCCAACUCUGAAUUUAACUUCGGAGUCUGUUGUGAACCUCAUUAAAGAAGGCAGAGAAGAUUGGCCAAAUAGAUAUGUUGAUGUUAGAGAUGUUGCUCGUGGCCUCGUGCACAUAUUCUAG